UACCAAAAUCUUCAUUUUAAAAUCUAGGAAGCAAAUCAUUAGGUACAAAACCCUAGAACGAAGGACGACUGGGGUGCGUAACUUCUCAGCUCAUCGUCACACUCGCACAGAGCCAGAAAUGCCUCCGAAAGCCGCAAAAUCGAAGGAGGCGCCGGCGGAGCGCCCGAUCCUCGGGCGAUUCUCAUCCCAUCUUAAGAUUGGCAUAGUUGGAUUGCCUAAUGUCGGGAAAUCGACUCUUUUUAAUACCCUGACGAAGUUGUCCAUUCCCGCCGAGAACUUCCCUUUCUGCACCAUUGAACCUAAUGAGGCUCGAAUUAAUAUUCCCGACGAGAGGUUCGACUGGCUUUGCCAAUCUUUCAAGCCGAAAAGCGAGGUUUCCGCAUUUCUUGAAAUCCAUGAUAUAGCUGGGCUCGUUAGAGGUGCUCACCAAGGACAGGGGUUGGGCAACAACUUCUUGUCACAUAUCCGUGCUGUUGAUGGCAUCUUCCAUGUUCUACGUGCAUUUGAAGAUUCAGAUAUUAUCCAUGUCGAUGACUCGGUGGAUCCUGUCAGAGAUCUGGAAACUAUAGGGAUUGAGUUGCGACUAAAGGAUGUUGAAUUCAUGGAGAGGAGGAUUGAGGAUAUUGAAAAGAGCAUGAAGAGGAGCAAUGACAAGCAGUUGAAGAUAGAGCUCGAGUUGUGCCAAAGGGUCAAGGCAUGGCUUCAGGAUGAGAAAGAUGUGCGCCUUGGAGAUUGGAAAGCUGCUGAUGUUGAGAUAUUGAAUACUUUCCAGUUGCUCACUGCCAAGCCUGUUGUUUACUUGGUAAACAUGAAUGAGAAAGACUACCAGAGGAAAAAGAACAAGUUCUUGCCGAAGAUUCAUGCUUGGGUGCAGGAACACGGGGGUGAACCCAUUAUUCCUUUCAGCUGUGUGUUAGAGAGGAAUCUGACUGAUAUGCCACCAGAUGAAGCAGCUAAGUAUUGUGAGGAGAACAAGGUACAAAGUGCUCUUCCUAAAAUUAUUAAAACCGGGUUCUCUGCAAUCAAUCUCAUAUACUUCUUCACUGCUGGCCCUGAUGAGGUGAAAUGUUGGCAAAUCAGGCGGCAGACGAAGGCUCCUCAGGCAGCUGGGGCAAUCCAUACUGAUUUUGAGAAAGGGUUUAUAUGUGCUGAGGUCAUGAAAUUCGAGGAUUUGAAGGAGCUUGGCACUGAGUCAGCCGUCAAGGCUGCUGGGAAGUACAAACAAGAGGGGAAAACAUAUGUUGUCCAAGAUGGAGAUAUAAUUUUCUUCAAGUUCAAUGUCUCUGGAGGUGGCAAGAAGUGAGCUUUCACCAACCUGGAAGACAUUAUUGUGCCCGCCGGUAAGUCGAACUUAUAAGAAUUUAACUGAAGGAAGAUGCGUUGUGUGACACCUUAGUGUAGUCCAGAAAUUCAGCACGCGUUUCGAUUUUGAUCCGAUAACGCUUGCUUUGUUUGUCUAGAGAUACCAACAUUGUGUGUUAGUGUUAUACGACCUUCUAGUCAUCCAAAUACUUUUAGUCUUGUAAACAUGUAUUAUGGGAGCAUGCAUGAGAAGGUGGUUGAAAUUAUGAAUUACAGUGCGAUGAUGUCUUAUUGUCGUUGAUUUCUUUUCGACGUAUUGAUAAUAGCAGUUCUAGGUUUUGCUUGCUUGCUACAAAUGAUGGAAUGAUGAUGUCUUCCAGGUUGUGUUGUGUUGUGUGGGUGGAAGAGGUAGUGAAUGGUUUGUCUCAAUCGUGAAUGUUUCUUGGUGUUGACACCAAAAUUUAAUCUUGUACCAUAUUGGUUAAAUAAAAGGGAG